AUGAUGCAGCAGAUUCUUCAGGAUAUGUAUAUAGAGCCUGACCUGAUGGCUGAACUCAAUGAAGAGCAGAAGCAGAUCCUCUUCUAUAAGAUUCGGGAGGAGCAGGUGCUGCGCUGGAAUGAGAGGGAAGGAAGAGACACCAGCCAAGCUUUAAACAAGAAGAGUGAGUCCAGGAGGGGCAUUCAGUGGCUUCUGGGAUCAGAUGGAGAGGUAUGGGUGUGGGUUAUGGGGGAGGCCCCGGGGGACAAGCCCUUUGAAGACAUUGUGGAACAGCUGAUGGAGGAGAGAGCCAGGAAGCAGGCCCAGCGAGAGGCACAGGAACUCCGGCGUGUGAAGGAGGCAGAGAUUGAAAAGAAGUUUCGAGAUGCCAUGGCGAAGGAGAAGGCUCGCUUCGUGGCAGAAAAAUGGAAGGAGGAGACAGAUGACAGAAAGGCAGCCAAGCAGGAAGAAGAGGAAGAUCGCAUUAGAGAGGAACUGAAGAAAUAUGAGGAGGAAGAGAGACAGCGUGGCGAGGAAGAAAUCCGCCAAACUGAGGAGAGGAGAGCAAAGGAGCUGUACAUCUCUCUGAAGCAGGAGGAAAAGAGGAGUGAGAGAGAUGACAAAGAAUGGCAAGAACAAUUGCAAUGCUCUAAGGCAGCGUAUGAGGAGAUGAAGUGCAAGGCACGACGGGCAAGAGAUGAUUAGCGCCAGAGAUGGCAAGAGAUGAUUCGCCAGUCUCUGUGGGCUACAGAGAAGGGCCUGGUGGCUGGACUCACCAUCCUGUUCCAUAAGAUGCACCCGAACGGAUCAGGUCACCACCGACAGCACGGCUCGGUCAUCGGACAUACGACCCCUCCAGCUGAGGCCAGCCAUUCACCCGCAACAAGUGCUAGCCAACUCGCUUCAGGCCAUUACAGGCGCAGACAACACCGUCAUUACAGCAAUCCAGUCACACAGUCACUCACUGAAUGGCUCUCCAUCUGUCUUUCUCACUGUCACCCAUCUCCAACCCCUGCAGGAAUAAUAUCACGGCAGGAGUCAGAGGAUUUGCUGACCAAUGCUGCAGAAGGCUGUUUCUUGGUCAGAGUGAGUGAGCGGAUUUGGGGAUACACGCUGUCCUGCCGCACCGCCUUUGGCUUUAAGCAGUCCCUCAUUGAUGCCUCGGGUGAUUAUUACAGUUUCCUAGGCAUUGACCAGGAACGUCACGCCACCUUAACUGACCUCAUUGACUUCCAUAAGGAGAAAGCGAUCACCACGUCUGGGCGAGAACUACUCCAGGACCCCUGCAAGCCGAACAAAGCUCCACAGCUCACUACGGAGGGCUUUUUAUACUUCAGCAAUACCCACAUUCCGGUCUCAAACGGCGUCAUCAUCUCAACUCUUGAGCCAGCUUAG